CGCGCCAUUUGCUCCUCGGACGCCAACGGAAUCUCAGCAAUGGCCGACGCUGAGCCGAGCGCUCCGAUGGCGGUCGAAGCCAAGCCUGACGCGAAAACUCUGCAGGUGCUGCGCGACCUGGCUAAUCGUCUGCGCAUCCGUUCCAUCAGGGCCACCUGCGCCUCGAGCUCUGGCCACCCCACAUCGUGCAGCAGUGCUGCUGAGAUCAUGUCUGUGCUGUUCUUCCACAUCAUGAGAUAUAAACAGAUGGAUCCGGAGAACCCAGACAAUGACAGAUUGAUUCUCUCCAAGAGACUGUCAUUUGUUGAUGUGGCAACCGGAUGGCUUGGGCAAGGACUGGGAGCCGCAUGUGGAAUGGCAUAUACUGGCAAGUACUUUGACAAGGCGAGCUACCGCGUGUUCUGCCUCAUGAGAGAUGGCGAGUCCUCAGAAGGUUCCGUCUGGGAGGCCUUGGCCUUUGCUUCCCACUACAGUCUGGACAACCUCGUCGCCAUCUUCGACGUGAAUCGCCUGGGCCACAGUGGCGGCUUGCCCCUUGAGCACUGCAUAGACGUCUAUCAGAAUCGCUGCGAAGCCUUUGGGUGGAAUACUUUCGUGGUGGAUGGCCGUGAUGUGGAGGCACUGUGUCAGGUGUUCUGGCAGGCAACUCAAAUGAAGAACAAGCCCACUGCUGUAGUUGCCAAGACCUUCAAGGGCCGGGGCAUUCCAAGCGUUGAGGAUGCAGAAAAUUGGCAUGGAAAGCCAAUGCCAAAAGAAAGAGCAGAUGCAAUUAUCAAACUAAUUGAGAGCCAGAUACAGACCAACAGGAAUCUUGAACCAAAGCCCCCGAUUGAAGACUCGCCUCAAAUCAACAUCACAGAUAUAGAAAUGACCUCUCCACCUGCUUACAACAUUGGUGACAAGAUGGCUACUCGGAAAGCAUGUGGUUUGGCUUUGGCUAAGCUGGGCCAUGCAAAUGAUAGAGUCAUUGUGCUGGAUGGUGACACCAGGAAUUCCACUUUCUCUGAGAUAUUCAGGAAGGAACAUCCUGAGCGUUUCAUCGAGUGUUUUAUUGCUGAGCAAAACAUGGUGAGCGUGGCGCUGGGAUGCGCCACUCGUGGUCGGACCAUUGCUUUUGUGAGCACCUUUGCUGCCUUUCUGACCCGAGCAUUUCACCAGAUCCGGAUAGGAGCCAUCACUCAAAGCAACAUCAACCUCAUUGGGUCCCACUGUGGGGUAUCUGUAGGUGAAGAUGGCCCCUCUCAGAUGGCCCUGGAGGAUCUGGCCAUGUUCCGAGCCAUUCCAAACUGCACCGUUUUCUAUCCAAGUGACGCCAUCUCAACGGAGCAUGCUGUUUUCCUGGCGGCCAAAGCCAAGGGGAUGUGCUACAUUCGGACCAGUCGUCCAGAAACUGCAGUUAUUUACGCCCCACAAGAAAGCUUUGCGAUUGGACAAGCCAAGGUCAUUCGCCACAGUGCCAACGACAAGAUCACAGUUAUCGGAGCUGGUGUUACUUUGCAUGAAGCUCUAGCAGCCGCCGAUGAUCUUUCCGAGCAAGAUAUUUCUGUCCGCGUCAUCGACCUGUUUACUGUUAAACCCCUGGAUGCUGCCACCAUCAUCUCCAAUGCAAAAGCCACAGGCGGCCGGAUUAUCACAGUGGAGGACCACUACCCUGAAGGUGGCAUCGGGGAGGCCGUCUCUACAGCUGUCUCCAUGGAGCCUGACAUCCUGGUCCAUCAGUUGGCAGUACCAGGAGUGCCUCAGAGUGGGAAGCCAAGUGAGCUGCUGGAUAUGUUUGGAAUCAGUGCCAGACACAUCAUAGUGGCUGUGAAAUGUAUGUUAAUGAAUUAAAAUAGCUGUUGGCCUUGGUCUUAAAAGACUGGCCUCUUUACCUUACAUUGAUGCUUGUUGCCAAACCAUUACUUAAAUCUAUACUGUUGUGCUUUACUCUUUUUAAAAGCAAAGCAAGUUAACUAUUUUCCUGUUAAGCCAUAACUGCCUAUACAACUGUAACUCUCACCUGUAAAUCAUUAAAGUAGGUUUAUAAGGUAAGGUUUUAAGUGACAGAAUAGCUACCAAAACAACUACCUAAUAAUAAGUUUUCUGAUGAAACUACAGAUAACUGGACUAGGGACCUACAUAAGGUAGCAGUUUCUUCAAUAUGUGUAUUUUCCUCAAAAGUAGAAGAACCCGUGAAUUGAAUCAUAGACUGCAGCUGCCCAGGGUUUACGGCGCCAUAGCCCCAUGCUGCACACUGCUGUCCCAGCUCAUGAGUUCCUACGCUGCCCUCCUACCUGCAGCGUCCCAGGUACUGUGUGACUGCAGUUGCCCAGGAACCUCCUCCAGUGUUUGCCUUCAUCUCCUCUCCACAAUGCAGAGGCUGUGGAGCAGCAAUGCCAGCUGUUAGGAUGUCUUGUGCUGCUUGUGGUGACUAUUCUGUGGAGAGAGCACACAACUAGUUCUAGUCUCUGCACUGCACUCUUUUGUUAGAUCUCAGAAAUGUCUCGUUUGCUCAGGGACCAAAGCACAAACUGUUAGCUCAAUUAUAGUCAUCUACUAAGGAUACUAGUUAAUGUUAAUGUUAAUAAUAAAGCAAUUAAAAACCA